UGGCUCACACGGCGCAGACGGCGCAGGGAGCACACACUGCCAGUCUGUGCGCAGAGCCGGAGACCGAGGCCGCGGGUCCACCAUGCACGCCCCCAACUGAAGCCGCAGCUCCCGGCAGCCCAGCGGAUUUCAAGGAGCUCAGAGUCCGAGGAACCCCGGCGAAGAGACCCCCGAAACCCUCUCCACAACAGUCCUCAUCCGACGCACUGCCGCUGCAGACAGGAGCGCACAGUGGCCCCGGCUCGCCGCGCAAUGGAGCGGAUCCCCAGUGCGCAACCGCCCCCCGCUUGCCUGCCCAAAGCGCCAGGACUGGAGCCCGGAGACCUACCAGGGAUGGAUUUUGCCCAUAUGUACCAAGUGUACAAGUCGCGGCGGGGAAUAAAGCGGAGCGAGGAUAGCAAGGAGACCUACAAACUGCCGCACCGGCUCAUCGAGAAAAAGAGACGUGACCGAAUUAACGAAUGCAUCGCCCAGCUGAAGGAUCUCCUUCCCGAACAUCUCAAACUUACAACUUUGGGUCACUUGGAAAAAGCAGUAGUUCUUGAACUUACGCUGAAGCAUGUGAAAGCACUAACAAACCUAAUUGAUCAGCAACAGCAGAAAAUCAUUGCCCUGCAGAGCGGUUUGCAAGCUGGUGAUCUGUCGGGGAGAAAUGUCGAAGCAGGUCAAGAGAUGUUCUGCUCAGGUUUCCAGACAUGUGCCCGGGAGGUGCUUCAGUACCUGGCCAAGCACGAGAACACCCGGGACCUGAAAUCUUCCCAGCUCGUCACCCACCUCCACCGUGUGGUCUCCGAGCUCCUGCAGGGUGGUACCGCCAGGAAGCCGUCAGACCCAGGUGCCAAAGCAAUGGACUUCAAGGAGAAACCCAGCUCCCUGGCCAAAGGCUCUGAAGGCCCAGGCAAAAACUGUGUGCCAGUCAUCCAGCGGACUUUCGCCCACUCGAGCGGCGAGCAGAGUGGCAGUGACACGGACACAGACAGCGGCUACGGAGGAGAAUCAGAGAAGACUGAGCUGCGUGUCGAGCAGCCAUACUUCAAAAGUGAUCAUGGACGCAGGUUCACCAUGGGAGAAAGGAUCGGUGCUAUUAAGCAAGAAUCUGAAGAACCCCCCACAAAAAAGAGCAGAAUGCAGCUCUCAGAUGAUGAAGGCCAUUUCACUAGCAGUGACCUGAUCAGCUCCCCGUUCCUGGGCCCACACCCGCACCAGCCUCCCUUUUGCCUGCCCUUCUAUCUGAUCCCACCGUCAGCGACUGCCUACUUGCCCAUGCUGGAGAAAUGCUGGUAUCCCACCUCUGUCCCAGUGUUAUACCCAGGCCUCAACGCCUCUGCCGCAGCUCUCACCAGCUUCAUGAACCCAGACAAGAUCUCAGCCCCCUUGCUCAUGCCCCAGAGACUCCCUUCUCCCUUGCCAGCCCAUCCGGCCAUCGAUUCUUCCGCCCUGCUCCAAGCUCUGAAGCAGAUCCCCCCUUUAAACUUAGAAACCAAAGACUAA